AUGGAAGGAGAGGACUCCGAGGCCUAUUUUGCGCGACGGUUUGGCUCCGAUUAUACGGUGGUCCACAGGGCCUUGCGGGACACAGCUGACAACCAUUGGUACGGCCGCGACCACCGGUUCUUUGGUGCCAUCAAUUGUCUCUACCUUUUCCAGGCCACAGUUGACGACGGGCCACUUGCUUUUGAGUCGCCUACUGAAUAUAACGCUCGUCUACAAAGAUACUGGAAGCACUAUCUGGACCAGCUGAACCGGCGCGAUGUCGUGGGCCGGAUUCAAGAAGGGCGUGAACCGCGCCACCACGCAGGCCAGGUCGAGAGGACGAACGACCGGGACUACGAGGUCGAGGAGAGGAGAUACCGGACGAUGGAAUCGGCCGCGAAUCGGCUGCAGAAGGAGGCCAAAGGAUAUCUGGACAGCCUGCGAGCGAUGACAGCCUCCCAAAUGAGGAUAGCAGAAACAAUCGACGCAUUCUACGGCGACGCUGGUACCAGAGAUGGAGUCUCAAGAUCCUACAAGCAGGCCGUCGAAGACCUAGACGCUGAGACCAUCAAGGCACUUGAUGGCCCGUACCGAGCAACUGUCCUUGAACCGAUCUCCCGCUUCUGCGCAUACUUCCCUGAUAUUAAUGAAUGCAUCAAGAAACGAAACAACAAACUCCUCGACUAUGAUUCCAUGCGUUCCAAGGUCAAAAAACUCGUCGAAAAGCCUGACAAAGAUGUCACCAAACUACCUCGUGCGGAGAAAGAAGCCGAAAUGGCGAAACAAGCGUACGAACAACUCAACGAACAACUCUUCACUGAACUCCCUCAGCUCAUCGAUCUCCGUGUCCCAUACCUCGACCCCAGCUUUGAAGCACUGGUCAAAAUCCAGCUCCGGUUCUGCGCAGAAGCAUACAGCCGUAUGGCACAGGUGCAGCAGUACUUGGACCCAGAAACUAGAGAACAAUAUGCACGAGGAGACUUGGACAACCGUGUCGAACAGGUUCUCUCAGAGAUUCGCGAUUUGACCAUUGCUGGGACUGUCUAA